AUGAACAGAUGUUACUUUGUACACUACGAGUGGAAUGUCCUCACAUUUACAGUCAGGAAAAUUUUCCCUAGUUACGUCUGUCUUCAUUGGAGUGUCCCUCGGCGCGUCCGUCCCUCCAGCUUUGACGACCGUGCUCCAGCACGGACUGGUUCGAUCGCGGAUUAUAUUCAUCAUCUCAACACCACGGAAGACUCCCUAGCAAGGACUAGUCCGACUGCGGAUUAUAUUCAUCACCUCGAUACCACGCAAUCGCCCGAGGACAGCCCAGCAACAUCAGAAAACUGGUCGGGCGCGGUAUUGACAGGGACUGGGGUCACCGGGGUCACCGGGACAUUUGUCGUACCUGACCCAAUCCCUCCAGCAGAUGCGGACCCAUUAACCCAAUAUUGCGGAACCUCAUGGGUCGGGGUUGACGGGGAUGGCGCUGUCUGCUCCGGGGCACUUAUGCAAGCUGGGGUGCAGUGGUGUGUGCGCCAAGAUGAAGAACCUACCUUCUACGCCUGGCAGGAGUGGGUGCCAGAUGAGCCAAGUGAAGUAGUUUUUGAGGAUUUUGAAGUGGCAGCGGGGGAUGAAAUCCGGGUGACGGUGAAUGCAACCGACAGCACAAGUGGGAACGCUCUGAUAGAGAACCUCAGCACGGGGGCAAGCGCAGCACACAUCUGGGCAGGGAUGGACACCGCACUUUGUGAGAAGACGGCAGAAUGGAUCACCGAGGAUGCUACGCUCGACGGGGUCUACGGGCGCCAACUCCAGCCAUUUGCGAAUUACGGAUCGGUGGUGUUUACCAACAACUACGCCUUUGUUGGUGGCCAAAAAGUCGGUGUAGCCGAUGCUGCUCCCUUGGACAUGGUUCAGAAUAAUGUGUUGGUCAGCCAGGGAUCAAUCUCUGAUGGGGAGGUUAUCACCACCUACGAGCUUUGA